CGCCCGGUAAUGUCGCUAUUAUAAAAAGCUGGGAUUCGAAGUUUUAUCCCAGACCAUCUUAGUCGCUUCAUACAAACUCCAUCAGUUGCUGUUGAGAAGACGAUCCUUAAGCAAGAGGAUGUAUGCCCUUAUUUUAUUCAGCGUUGUGUUGGUGACAGCUCAAAUUUCAGCCCUCACGCCUAUCCCAGUGCGUGUGCACUUUAUCACCGAGCAGAACCAAAAAUUAGAUGGGGACACGACGAAAGACUACCUCGCGGCUCUGUGUGGAGGCUGUGCCUUUCAAGGUUUAAAAGCUCUCUUCGGUGUGAGCCUGGUCAACAGGGACUGGAGUUACGACACGGGAUACUACAUGACAAUAACCGUGAAAGAUACUGAUGGAAAUUUCAUCGCUAACAAUUCUGAUGCAAGCGGCAUACCAGUACCGGAUUUCAAUUUCACCUAUGUCGCCAAGUACAAAAAUCUGUUCUUCCAAGUUGUAGCAGGACCAGCGGCUACAUUUGUAUUCACGUUAUCCCUGACGUUCGAUUACACGGACCGUGUUUAUCCGCAAAGCGAAUGUACCCAUCGAUGGCAAAUGACAACCUCGGAAAACACUGUGUGGCGGAAAUACCGAGGAGGAAAUAACACAGCUUUACUGCAGCCGGUUUUCAAAACAGCAAUCACUCAGUCUAUUGAAACUGAGGAUUUUAAGUUGUACCGCCUUGACUAUUGCUUCGGAGACGAACUUUCCUAUAAAAUCACCGUCAGCGUCAUCACAGAGGAUCAAAAGUCUGGAUUUGUCACAUAUGUUUGCAAGAAGACGUACAUGAUAAAACACGGAAGAUGUGAUGUACGAACCCCAUAUCGUGACAUAUCCGGGGGCCCCGUGAACGUAGUGGUGAUGGAUGUGGAGAAACCAGCUGACUUUGGACCUGUUCAUGUCCUUCUUAGUGGGGAUGGGCGUCAUGGCCAAAGUAACCGAUUUACCUUGGCAGCCUCGGUCCCGUAUACGAGCACUGAUCGGCACGUAAGGCAUGGAGGAGCAACAGUGACUAAUUAGUGAAGCCAGCACCCCUCCCUCUUAUUAUUAUUCUUCUAAGAUUGAUGCGGAAAUGAAUCCGUUAGCGUUAUAUAGUAAAUCAAAAGCAUGAGAAGACAACUAUUGCACAUUAUUAUUAUUUUUGGUGUUUU